CAUGCAAUUUCUGUUUGUUAAGAGGAGGAAACAUAAUCUAUAAUUUGAUCGCCAACCUGGACACAAGUAUUAUCUGUAUCAAUCUUUCACAAUUCGAUGGAUUACAGUUUCAGUCAUCAAAAUAGAGCACACAUCUUUGGCGUAGACCCAAUAUGGCUGCCAGCGAAGAAUUGGAUGUUGUGGAUAGCUGGGAAGAAAUUGAAGACUCUGGAGUCUUGGAUAGAAAAUUCUUACCAUCACCUACAGCACCAGAAGAGACUGAGAAUGUUAACCCUGUUAUGUCGAAUGGGCCAAUAAUUUUGCAAAGCAACCCAUUUCCAAUGCCGGAACCAGCAGUGAAAAUACUUAAAAGGCCUCAGAGGACUGCUCAGGGUAAUGGAAAUGGACACCUGCUUAAUGGUGAUACCAAACCCCGUCAGCCUGUAAGAACCCUUCAGCAGCGUGAACAAGCUUACGCUGAAGCUAGAUUACGAAUCCUUGGUGAAGCUCGAAGUCCUGAGGAACAACACCUGCCCUCAACUGAUGAUAGGAUAAGCAAAAUACAGACAAAAAUGGAGGUGUUGCGAACGUCAGAAACUGGCAACAUUUUGCGUCAUCCGAAGGGACCUGAUGGAACGAGAGGAUUCAAUUUGCGUAGAUAGUGCCCUUAGGAGCACUACGUUAUUGAUGUCUCCUGCCUUGCCUCUCCCCGUGACAAUACAGACUAAUUAAUUGACAUUGCCUACAUUUGAGGCACAUGGGAGAAGGGAGAAUUCACAACCAAUAUUUGUGAUGUGAUUGUACAUAAUUGCGUGAUUUAUAUAGUGAAAACAAGACAAUGCCUAGUUGUAUCAGCUUGUUGUGGCAUGACUUAAGAGACAAUUGUGUUGAUAUUUUGAUACAUUUAAUGGACUCGCAGUUCUGUGUGUGUGGACCCUAUGGAAAUGAAAACCAGUGAUGAAACAACCUCUCAUAUACAUAAUCACAUACAUAUUAUAUAUCAUACACUCAUUUCAUUGCCAUGGAUGUUGUGUUGUUAAAAUUUUAUAUAUGUUUUAGGUUUUAUGGUUUUUUUAUAGACUGUUUUCAGUUGCAAAUAAUUUCACACGUUUCUGUGGCAUUUUGAUUUCUGCUGAUGAUUUCAACUUUCUUGUUAUGAUAGAAUAAGUGAUGGAAACAGGACAAUACCUUACCAGAUAUUUCUUCUUCAUCAUCGUCAUAUCUCUCUCCCUCCCCCCUCCCUCCCUCCCUCUAACUCUCAAUUUUUUUAUUGUUACUGUGUCAUGGUUGGUGUUUCUAUCCAGACAUUUUUGACUUAUGUGACAGUAUGAAAUAAGGAAAAGUGAACAGAAUUUAGGUGCAGUGAACAGAAUUAACUCAAAUAACAGGAUUGCAUAUUUUUAAAACAAUUCAUUCAAAAAGUAGAUAAUUAUAUCUAUGUGCUGGAUAUACAUGUAAAGAUUGUGCAUUAAGAAUGUUAUGCCACUUGGAACUUGGUGGAACAGCGCUGCCACUUAAGCUUACAGGAAUUAAGUGAAUUUAUACUUUUCCACAUUUCAUAUAAAUUUGAGAAUAAAUAAUGGGACAUGGAGUGAUAAUGAAUGUGCAUAUUUCCAAUUUUGUAAAAAGAAAAAAAAUGACAGUUUCAUAAAUGUAAGUGUGCAUUGUGAGACAUGUUCUGUUUGUUUCAUCCUUCUGAUACUAGAUUUCCUCUGUUGUAACUUAACAUGAAGACUGAGUGUACUGCUUUGUAGUUAUUUAAUAUCAUGACAAACAAUGAUGAUAGCUGCAAGAUGUUAAAGUCCAGGAUGCAUUCCACUGUUUGAUACAUUGGAACUACCUGAAGUCGUGAUCUAGUCUUGAACAGAAGUAUUUCCACCACGGAUUUUGUGUAUGGAUGUAAAUCUUGUUGGAGAGUUUUCUGAAAUGUCACAGUCGGUUUUGUAUGUAUGGACAAGUAAUUGUCAGGCCUGCUCAAAUGGUGUAUAAAUGUUUGGUAAUUCUUGAGCACACAUUUUCAAUAUAGGUAGAAUUUGCCAUCAAACACAAUGAGUGUUUUAUAUCUCAUAAAGAAGGGAAAGUUUUAAUUUAUGCAAUCAUUAAAAUUAUCAUUUGAAAAGCAUUUUCCUUAUUGGCUGUUUUUUAUAAAUUUUCUACUAUUUGCAAAAACUGUGCUGCCUGGCUUAAGUUAGAUAAACACAUUAACGUGCCUUAGAUUUUGGGCAAAAUGGCUUAUAGAACAACUUCAAAGGAAUUUUUAUUUUUAUUACAGAAGAAUAUUACAGCUAUUUAUUCUGAAAUGAAAUGGAAGUAGAUACACAAUGAAGCAGAUUAUAGUAAUGUAAGAAAAAUAUCACAGACAGUGUAGGGGCCAGAAAAUACUUUGUGGCAUGUUAAUCCACAGUGGUCACAACUUUGACUGCAGGAAUUCAGUAAAAUGAGUAGUUUCUCAGAGUCAGUAAACCAACAGAUGAAUGGCAAAAAGCUUUUUUCUUUUAUUAUAUGUAAAGAAAUAUUAAUUUCUAUGUAUAUGAUUUUCCUUUCUGAAGUUGAAAAUUGCUGGCACUUCGUAUUUGGUUUCACAAUUUUCAUGUUUAAUCAUUUCAUUUUAAAUAUUGAGUGGAGAGGUUUUUCUGACUUCUAGUGUCAGAGGAUUUUUCUGUUGCGCAAUCAUUGGAGUGUUAGUCUUACUGUGUUUAGAUUGGAGUAUAAGCAGUUGAUGGUAGAAGUCCAACUCUCCACUUCUGCCUGCUCAAGUAUUAUUUUAUUGAAGAAUGGUCUGUAUUCAGAAUCUUGCAUUAUGAUAAUUUUUAUUUAAUUGAAUCUGUACCUAAAAACAAGAUUGUAACAGUGAUUAAUGAGCAUUUAGUGUCUCUUUGUAAGGCUUCACUUUUUGUUAAAGAUAUGCUGCUGGUAUUUGUCCUUGCAGCAUUGUUGCUGCAUGCAAAUAAAUUUUGGAAGGUUUGUAACCAGUUUUUAAGAUUUCAAUUAUUUAAAGUUUUCAGAUGUAGGAUUUCCACCUCAAAGAAACAUUAGUGAUUAAAUGUUGGAUAUUUUUUAUGUGCCCUCAUUUUGAGAUAUAUGUAAAAAUUAUUAUUAAAAUGGGUUACUUGUGAUGGAAGUUAAUAUAUUUUUUAAAAAUUAUCGA